GACGAUGGCGAAUGUGACUCUACGGCGCACUGCCACCAGCCGAAGUGACUCUACAGUACAGACGGAGGGGACAACGGCUACCACCCGGUCGAGCGGAGCUAGUACACGGCGGAGGAAGGCCCAAUCUCGCCCCAAGGGUCUCACCCUGUCUUCAUCACUGCUCCUCCUCCUACUGAUUUUUUUCGUCUAUGCGCUACUGGCUGUCUUCAUGCCCCGACAUCAACCUUCCUCUGCUUCAAAAGAGCUUGCAAAAAUGCUUCGGACUGAGGGAAUCCGUAGCUCCGCCAAAAACUAUUUCCCUCCCGCCUUUCCAACAAUGCAUCGCGACGUCCAAGUGACUCUCUCACGAGACGCCCUCGACAUGUGUACACAGGCGCUUUGGCAUACGGUUGAAACCACCACGGUCGUACUGCCAGACCAUGAAACCUUUGUCCAUACGGGUGAUAUUGACGAUUUGUGGUUGCGCGAUUCGGCGGCACAAAUUCAUCCUCUGUUGGUUCCCUUCAACGGAACAGCCCUCAUCCAACAGGAUCCAAGAUUAGAUCGGAUUGUCUCGGGAUUGAUCAAAAGAUCCGCGAUGUACAUUCGACACGACCCUUACGCCAACGCGUUCAGGAUUGACGAUUCUUACGUCUUUUCGGAAGAGCAAAAGCGUCUCGGACGCCACGACCUUAUUUCAACCUGGAAUUACGAACUAGACUCGGCAUGUUACUUUAUGCGACUCCUGUAUUUUUACUGGAAGCAAGCGCCGUCGACUGAGGUGCUGCUACAACCACAAGUUCAAGAAGCGGUUCAAAUCAUGGUCACGUUGUGGAAGGCGGAACAAAAGCAUGAGCUUGAUGAAUUUCCCGUUGGCAACCUUUUGGAUUGCCAAAACUGCAACAAACCGUACCGAUAUCCCGGUUUGCCCCGUGAUGGCAAGGGUAGUUUGACCAACGCAAGCGCUGGUUUGACAUGGACCGGCUUUCGACCGAGCGACGAUGAAUGCCAAUAUGGCUAUCUGAUACCGGCCAACAUGUUUGCUGUGGUCGCGCUCCGGUACAUGGAGGAAAUGGCGAAGGAUUUGUGGGGUAACCAGUUACUAGCAGAAUCGUGCGGGGAGCUAGCAGGGGAGAUACAACUUGGCAUUGAGACACACGGAAUCGUAGAACAUCCGAAGUUUGGAAAGAUUUACGCGUACGAAGUGGAUGGCCUGAGGAACAGCAACCUCAUGGAUGAUGCUAACGUGCCCAACCUACUCAGCAUUCCGUAUUUGGGUUAUGAAUGGUACGAUCCCGAUGUGUACGCCAAUACACGACGUUUCAUUUUCUCGCCAUCAAAUCCAACGUAUAAAAAAGGCAACAAUCCUCUCACGGGCGAGAUCGAAGGUUUUGGAAGCGUUCACAUGGAAGCUCGAAUUCGUGAAAAUAUCUGGCCGAUGAGUCUCGCGAUGCAAGGCUUAACGACGGAUGACGUAGACGAAAAAGUCCGGUUGGUGGAGACUCUUGUUCAAGCAUCGGCCGGUACCCACUGGAUGCACGAAAGCAUCGAUGUGCACAAUCCCAACAGAUUCACCCGCGCGUGGUUUUGUUGGAGCGACUCGCUGUUCGCGGAACUGGUGCUUUCUCUGACCGACGCUUGCCCGGAUUCGUCGCACAAGUAUCGUGUUCACGAAUGGCGCGAUCCUGAGACAAUUGACGGCGGCCCAUUCGCUGCAGAAAUAUAG